UACACGCAUCAACCAUCUGCGAGGGUCUUCUUCCGUUUGUUGGUCUGGGGAGAGAGAAAGAGGGGGAGAGAGAAAGAGAGAGAUGGAAGGGAUAGAAGGAGAGAGCACCGUAGCAGGAACAUGCCGCUAUACACUAAAACCAACAAGAAUAAACAACGAGGACAUAAUCUUCUGUGUAGAUGUUGACUCGGAGUCUCUCGUGGAAAUGAAGACGACGGGACCAAGUGGAAGGCCAUUCACCAGAUUGGACUCUAUCAAGCAAGCGAUCCUUUUAUUCAUCAACGCCAAGCUCUCCAUCAACCCCGAUCACCGCUUCGCUUUUGCCACCCUUGCCAAAACUGCUGCUUGGCUUCGAAAGGAGUUCAGCAAUGAUGUUGAGUCUGCAGUUUCUGCACUACGAGGUCUAUCAGCUACUUCCUCUUGUGGUCAAGCAGAUCUUACCAAUCUAUUCAAUUUGGCAGCUCAUGAAGCAAAAAAAUCUCGUGCACAGAACCGGAUUUUGAGGGUGAUUCUUAUCUACUGCAGAUCAUCUGUUAGACCACAACAUCAAUGGCCUGUAAACCAGAAGCUCUUCACUUUAGAUGUGAUGUACCUCCACGACAAGCCUGGGCCUGACAACUGCCCCCAGGAGGUCUAUGAUGCACUCGUGGAUGCCCUUGAACAUGUUAGUGAGUACGAGGGCUACAUCCAUGAGAGUGGGCAGGGGCUGGCACGAACCCUCUUCCGUUACAUGUCUGUGUUGUUAUCUCACCCUCAACAACGUUGUGCUCAGGAUGAUAUUGACAUACCCAAGUCUCUUGUGAAGAAGUCUCCAGCAGCUGACUCCGGCAAUGGUGAAGAUGGUGUUCCGGCAGGCAAGCCAGUAGGAAUAGCAACAAUUUAGGUGUCAGUAUGAACCAGAGUUUGGUAUGGUUAGUUGUUCCGUAUUUGUUUGCUGCUGGUGCUGAAAAGGGCUUGUAAUUGACUGAGGAUGUAUAAUCUAAUGAACAUCAUCUGUUACUGUACAAGUUUUUUGAAGUUUUCUUGUGAAGUUUCUUUUAACAAUCCACCACUGUGUAUAAUAUUAGUGAACAGCAGAUGGACUUUUCAAGGUAUCUAAAAACUAGUUCAUGGGGGUUGGUAAUAAUGGGAGAAAGUAGAAUUUUGGUGCUUA